AUGUUCGUCUCCGUUCUAUUGUGCUUCCUCCUCGGCACCUUAGCCGCCAGCGCGCCGUUACAAUCCGUCCGAGCUGCAGCACCGCAACCACCAAGCCAGGACCCAUGGUAUGAGCAGCCGGCCAACAUCAGCGACUACACCCCCGGCGCUAUUAUCCGCUCGCGCCAGGUCGCGAACCAGCUGGAGCCCUUUCUACCCCUUCCAGUCAGCGUGUCCGUUGAGUCUGUGCACCAGUACCUUUUCCGGACAACUGAUAGCCUGGGCAACGCCGUGGCAGCCGCCAGCACGCUCAUCAAGCCCUACAACGCCGACCCGGAGAAGCUGUUGUCGUACCAGACGGCGUACGACUCGUCCAAUCCAGAUUGUAGCCCCUCAUACACGCUGCAGUCCGGAUCGGCACCGGGAGGACUUGGUGGGAUUGUUGACCAGAAUAGCACGCUGUCGAUUGACACGCCGUUCAUUGCUGCCUCCCUCAACCAAGGCUGGUACGUCUCCAUCCCAGACUACGAGGGCCUGCAGGCGCACUUCGUCGCGGGCCUCAUCUCCGGCUAUGCGACUCUAGACUCGAUCCGCGCAGCCCUCUCUGCGGGCCCAACCGACGCCGGCCUCAGCACCUCCCCGCGUUACGCCAUGUGGGGCUACUCUGGGGGGUCGCUCGCCAGCGAGUGGGCGGCCGAGCUGCAACCAUCCUACGCUCCUGAGCUCGAUUUUGCGGGUACCGCGCUCGGCGGCCUGAUCGCCAACGUCACUUCCGUCGCCGUGACGAUCAACAAGACGCCCUUCGCCGGUCUUGGGUUCUCCGGGAUUAUUGGCUUGAGCAAAGCGUACCCCGCUCUCGCCGACUUCCUUGACGAGCGCCUGAUUCCCGAGAAGAAGGCCGAGUUCUUCUCACGGGGUGGGGGUUGUCUCGUUGGCAACACGGUUGCCGGCGCGGGGCAGAAUCUGUUUUCGUACUUCAUCAACGGCACCGAAGAGCAGGAGGGCAUCCUCCAGGAGCCUGCUGUGGCUUCGGUGCUCGCGGUCGCGGGCCAGAUGGGGCGGCACGGUGUGCCGACCAUGCCGCUGUACGUGUACAAGGCUGUUGGGGAUGAGGUCUCGCCCGCCGUGGACUCGGACCUCGUGAUCCAGCAGUUUUGCAGCGAGAAUUCAGGGGAGGUGACGAUUGAGUAUUAUCGGAAUACGUUUGGAGAGCACGCGACUGAGUUGAUUUUGGGGUCGGCAAAUGCGCUGGGCUGGAUUAAGAACCGGUUGGAUGGGGUAGCGGUGACGGGAGAGGGCACAUGUAAGGUCCAGAACGUGUUCAUCUCGGCGGUGACGCAGAUAGAUACGGUGGCUCUGAUUGGGUUGGAACUGGUGGCGUUGCUGCAGACGUUGCUGGGUGGGGUUCUGGGCGGUUUGUAG